AUGCCUGUGUCGCGAGGCGCCAAGGCUUCUUCCUCGAAGGCGGACCCCUUCGACUCUGACUCCGACGAUGAUCUCGUACCGAAGAAGGGGGGCAAAUACUCGGUCCCCGCCGGUGGCAAGAAGCAGUACAAGGACGGGUUCCGCGACACGGGCGGGCUGGAGAACCAGUCGGUGGAGGAGCUGGAGAACUACGCAGCCUACAAGGCCGAGGAGACGACGGACACGCUCAACGGCUGUCUCCGCAUCGCCGAGAACAUCAAGCAGGAUGCCACCAACACGAUGAUCACGCUGAACAAGCAGGGCGACCAGAUCGGCAGGACGCACGAGAAGGCCGUCGAGCUCGAUCAGGACCUCGCCAAGGGCGAGUCGCUUCUCGGGAGCCUUGGAGGGUUCUUCUCCAAGCCAUGGAAGCCAAAGAAAACGAGGCAGAUCAAGGGACCAGCCCAGGUGUCGCGAGACGAUUCCUUCAAAAAGAAGGCGACCCGAAUGGAACAGAGGGAUAAGCUAGGUCUGAGCCCUAGAGGGAAGGGGAAUACCCGCAAUUACGCCGAACCCACAAGCGCCAUGGACAAAGUUCAGGUGGAGAAACAAAAGCAGGACGAUGCCCUCGACGAUCUCAGCGGCGUGCUGGGGCAGCUCAAGGGCAUGGCCGUUGACAUGGGCUCGGAGCUUGAUAGGCAAAACCAGGCACUGGAUAAUCUGAACGACGACGUGGAAGAACUCAACUCCAGGGUGAAGGGAGCCAACAACCGCGCGCGUAAGAUCAUCGCCAAAUAG